AUGACGCUCAACACCGGCGGAGCCUCUAGUAGUACAAGGCUUGAGAAGAUGCCCCAGCGACCAGGACACAUGAGAGGUCCUCCGACGCCCAGCAUGACCACUCCUGCUGCAGACUUCGAUCAGCAGUUGACCGGCUCGCCGCCUCCCCCGCCCACGCCAGCAGCCUCUCCCGGCCCCUCGCACCGUCAACUCGACUGGAGCGAUGCCGCGGACGACGAAGAUUUCUUUCUGGCCAAAGUGCGCCAUCACUUUAAAAACUCUGGUGGUCCUCACCGUACCCGUCUCUUGGCCGACCUCCUGAACAUGUGCACAAGUCAACAGCUGAGCUUCGUCCAUCAGUUCGUCAGUCCUUUACUCAAAAAGGAUCCGUUCACGAGUCUUCCGGAUGAGCUGUGCCUACGCAUUCUCUCCUUCAUCGACGACCCCAAGGUCUUGGCUCGUGCCUCACAAGUAUCCCGGAGGUGGCGGGACUUGUUGAGCGAUGAUAUGACGUGGAAAAAUCUUUGCGUAAAGCAUGACUACGGCAGGCGUCUGUCCGAGGUCUCGACAUCGAUGGGAAGUGGCUCGCGACCUGGAGCUCAGCCUUUAUGGGGGGAUGACUACGCCAGCAGCAGUUUCCCGGGCGCUCUGCCAAUGACGGCUCAUGCUUCAGGGUCUCGCAGCCUUGACGGCGCCAGUAAUGCGCGGCCCAAGAUGAGAUCAUACAAGUCGCAUUUCAAGCAACGGUAUCUUGUGGAGGCAGCCUGGAGAUCUGGCGGUACCAGCACUACUAGGAACAUCACUCAAGAGGGAGGGGUUGUUACGAGUCUGCAUUUGACGUCCAAGUACAUCAUCGUCGCUCUUGAUAACGCCAAGAUCCACGUGUUCGAUACAAAGGGCAACCAGCAGCGCACUUUGCAGGGCCAUGUCAUGGGCGUAUGGGCCAUGGUCCCUUGGGACGACAUUCUGGUCAGUGGUGGAUGCGAUCGCGAUGUGCGAGUGUGGAACCUGGCUACGGGAUGCAAGUUUGGAAAUGCUAACAUGGACAGUGCCUGCCUUCACACACUUCGUGGCCACACAUCAACAGUUCGCUGCUUGAAAAUGUCUGAUGCAAACACGGCGAUAUCGGGCUCGCGCGAUACGACGCUUCGAGUGUGGGAUAUUCGGACCGGGUUGUGCAGAAAUGUGCUUGUUGGCCAUGGUGCCAGCGUCCGAUGCCUCGAAAUCAAAGGGGACAUUGUUGUCUCUGGCAGCUACGACACCAUGGCCAAGGUUUGGAGUAUUUCGGAGGGCCGCUGCAUUCAGACGCUUCAGGGUCACUUUAGCCAGAUUUAUGCCAUCGCCUUCGACGGCAAGAGAGUGGUGACUGGCAGCCUGGAUACCAAUGUUCGAAUCUGGGAUCCGAGAACAGCUGAGUGCUUGGCCAUCCUACAGGGUCAUACGUCUCUUGUUGGCCAACUGCAGAUGCGCGGAGAUACUCUCGUGACUGGCGGCUCCGAUGGUUCAGUACGAGUCUGGUCAUUGGAGAAGAUGUGUCCCAUUCAUCGACUUGCUGCGCACGAUAACAGCGUGACCAGUUUGCAGUUCGACGAUACACGGGUCGUCAGUGGUGGCAGUGAUGGCAGAGUCAAGAUCUGGGACUUGAAGACAGGCCACCUUGUUCGUGAGCUUAUUGCUCAAGGCGAGGCUGUCUGGAGGGUAGCUUUUGAAGACGAGAAGUGCGUGGCGCUGGCUUUGCGGCAAAACCGUACAGUGAUGGAGGUUUGGUCGUUCUCUCCCCCUGAGGAUGUUCUGUAUGACCGUCCAUUAUCUCUUCAACAGCGAGUCUUGCAAGAGGCACCCCAUCGGCCGAUGAGUGCCAUGCAGCUCGAUUACAGACAAUCGCAACCGGCAGUCGCAGGUCCUAGUCGAGAAGCCGCCGGAAGCCAGGAUGUCGACAUGAGAGACGCCGGCCCAUCCACGGCCCCACUCCAGGGCGGUAACAAGACUUUCUUCCACGACGACUGA